AUUGAGUGACAUUUGGACAACAAAAGUAUGUAAAUAAGUUUCACCUAAAAUAUCAGAGUUUCACUAAAAACGCUAAAUAAUUUAUAAACAAUUUCCAAUGUAAAUUCUAUUCUAACAUGAAAAUCCUUUGUGAAACCGUGGUACAAGAUCGACAGACGCAGCGUAACCGCACGCCACGCUAUGUUAAAUCGACACUGGCAGUGGGUUAUAACAAUUCCGCCAAGGAUGCCGACGGCAAUAACACCAAACAUUUGGAAAUUAUGCUCUUUACACCACAAAAUCAAGCGGGCGAACGUUUCAAAGUGACCAAUAAUGUUGAGAAGAUAUUCUCGAAGUUCCUGCGUGACGGCAAAGUCACCAUAAGCUUCAAAGAACCACCAUUAAAUCUUAUGAUUAACUGUGAUCCGAUACAGUUGAAGGGCUUCCUGCAAACAAUCAAGCUGGGCUUGGAGGGUAAAGAUUCCAUAAAUUUAAGACUGAACAUUGCGGCUGCUACCGCCAUACCACAACGUUCGAAGCCACAAGAGAAAAUGACAGUACUGCGACGUGGUGAUUAUCCUGUGAAGGGGUUCCCGCGCUCCUUGAAGUCGUUAAAAAUUUCCAACAUACAAUUAUUGAAAAUCAGUUUCGAUAUUUGCUCCCUACGAAAUUUGACUGUGCUUGAUUUAAGUGAUAAUCAAAUUUCCAGAGUGCCACGGGAGAUGGGCCGACUUUCAUUGGUCUGUUUUACAGUCAACAACAAUCAGCUAGGUACAGCAAACGAUUGGGAGUGGUUACGCGGCAAGCAGAUCCGCAAAUCGCUGCGUGAAUUAGAUUUAUCUGCUAAUGAAAUUAGUUAUUUCCCACUUGACCUGAUCCGACUAGAGCAGCUGGUGGGGCUGAAGAUGAGUAACAAUAAAAUUCCGCGGCUGCCAUUCGGUUUUCGGCGCCUAUGCAAUCUGCGCAACUUAUACAUCGCUUCGAAUCUGCUUACUUCCCUGCCCUCUGAUUUCAAUCACAUGCGCAUUGUCGUACUAGAUGUGUGGGGUAAUAAAUUUGGAAUGAAGGUGGAACAUCAUUUAAGUGAAGAAAACAAUAAACACAGUACGCCAUCAUUAUGGCUUUUGUCAGCGCGCGCAGUUUGCCAAUACAAACUGCCUUACUCAGCAGCCACCAUACCGUGGCUGUUGACUGAUAUUCUGGCAGAAUCGCCACUUUGCGCUUGUGGAAAGGUGUGCUUUGACAAUGUAAUUUUUGAGCGUGCUGUUAUGGCUACACUGGAUAAUAUAAAGACUUUGGUAAGCAGUAGAGAGCAUUUAAUUUACGCUGAUAUCGUACUGUGUGGCGCAGGAUGCUCAGGUCGAAAGCAAUUGCUCAGUUAUGAGCAGCCUUAACGGAAAUUUAUAAAAUGACUGUAAGAGCUUACGCAUUCUAUGUUGCUUCGUGACACUCGGUUUUAUUAUAUCUAUGUUAUAAUUUUAUAUUUCUAGUUACAUAUGAGGCCAUAAGAGUAGAAGUGGCUUAAAUUGUACUUACCUACUUAAAAUAAUUUCAAAUAUGAUACAUUUUAAUUUAAAAGUAACCUGUUUGUUAAUUUUAAGGUACAAAGCUACAUAGCGCACCAUCAAAAUAACGAUAAAGCGACCUUUAUUUUAAAAUUUAUCACAUUUGGAACUAUUUUAAGAAGUUUACACAAAAAAAAUAUAUAUAUUGGAUUGGGCCACUUCUGCUCUCGUGGCCUGAUAUAUCGUUCCCUAUUACAUAAUGCCUAACAAAGUAUGAAGCAAAAAAAAGUAGCAAUAAAAAAUUUUAACAUA